CAUUGUCACAUGAUCAUUACUAAUACAAAAUGGCGGACCAGGAAGGAGAACGGACUCCAUUAUUACUCGAAAACAGCAGUGAUCCUCCGCCUGAAUACACACAAUAUCCAGCAGAAGAUGAUGGACAACCUAGACAGCCGUCAGCUCCUACCAUUGGGGGCCCCCAGUCAGCCCCAUACCCAGGGCCACCUACUCCAUACUUGCCUGGACCCCCACCCCAGCAAGUGACAGUGCCGCCCAUAGGCCCAGAUGAGUUGCCCCCUCCUUACACACCAAUGGGUGCCCCAGGGUCGUCUCUUUCCAUAAAUUGUAAAGUGUGUCAGAACAUUGUGUGUAUUGAUGGAAAACAACACCAGAAUGUAGUCAAGUGUGAUGUUUGUAAAGAAGCAACUCCAAUCAAAGCUCCACCACCAGGGAAGAAGUAUGUCAGGUGUCCCUGUAAUUGUCUUUUAAUCUGCCGAAGUACAGCAUUCAAAAUUGCUUGUCCUAGAGCUAACUGCAAGCGAAUCAUCACGCUGGGUGGUGGUGGAAUGGUUCAAACGGGCAUCAGGGCGCCAAACACCAACAGAGUCCAGUGUGUCUUCUGCAACCAGACAUUUGUGUUUGCAGUUAUAAGAACCCCUUAUGCAAGAUGUCCGCAUUGCCAGAGGGUGUCUUGUGUAGUGUCAAACUUCAUUCGGCGACGUGUGUUGGUCUAUGUCAUUUUGGGACUCGUGUUUUUAGGAGGUGGAAUUGGUGUCACGGUUGGCACAUAUGCGGCUGCCGAGAAUUCUGGUGGAAUAUACACAGUCUGGAUAGGAGCCUUUGUGAUUGGUGCAAUGAUGUUGGUUCGAGCCAUGUACCUCGGCAUGAUCCGUACAAGCCAAGUACUCGGACCUGCAUGAAACUAACAAAAUGGCCACAUCGUGGAAGUACACAUGAAGUCUGACUAUGUAAAAUAAAUGGUUACAUGCACUUGGAAGAUGAAGGCUUAAAGAUGUGGAUUUUGUUACUUCUACAUGUAUUUCACAAAAGCCAUGUUUCUUUCAUAUGGCUGUUCAAAUCUAGUUUUUAAUUUACAUACAUGUAACUGUGAUAUUAUUUAUAAUAUUAUAACAUGCCAAUUUUAUCCACAGCAUUGUGCUUCUAUGCUUUUGUUCUUAUUGCACUGUAUUGUAAAAUGUCUGCAAUUGAUACAGUUUGCAUACCCUGAGAGCUCUGUUACUGUGUUUUUUAGCAUAUUUUCUGUGAAAAGUGUUGAACUAUUCAGCAAAAGGCAGGAAGGAAUCCUGGAAGACACUUGACCAUAGAGGUUUUUGUUUUAGUUUUUGUUAUAGUAGAAUUACUUUUCUUUCAAGAGCUUUCUACAUUUGAAAGUUUUGCACAUUAUUAAUUAUGUAUUUUAAGUGAUUGAUACUAACCAAUUUCUUGUUGUAAACUCAUUAUAUUUUGUUUUGACGGAUGAGAUAUUAUAUUUAAGACUUACAAUCUUGGAAAUUUACAAUUGUACAGGCUUUUUUGGUCUAAAAUCAGUGGUAGAAGUAAUUCUAUGAGUCAUGGGUAUAGUACAUAAUUAAUCCUAAGUGCGUUUUCGUACACCAAGGAAAGACUUGGCACUGUUCAGUACUACUGUGGAAAAUCUAGGUACAAAAUCAAUCCAAUGAUACUCAUGAAACAGACCCCAGAUAUCGGUUAUCAAUGUUUAACUUUGAUUUGUCAAUAAAUUUGUCAAUGUGCAAUAUGUUUUUGUAAUAGCUAUAAAUGUUCACCUAUCUCGGCAUAAUUUACUUAAUAUUUGAAACUCAUUGUCAAAUAAAUGCUUGACAUGUUUUGUUUAUUUUGAUGUUAAUUUUGAUAAUACUGAAAAUAGAUUAUUCAAAAAAAUCAA